AGAAAAACCCAAGUCUAGAAAAUGGCAAACUCUUUGUCCCCUUCAUUGUUCUCUCUCACUUUUGUGCUUCUUUUAGUAGUAUCACUGUUUGGAAUUGUUAGAAAUGUGGAGGCGGACAUACUUAAUGAUGUUUGUCCAAAGACCAUAAAUCCUCAACUAUGUUUUCAAGUUCUUAAGAGCGAUCCUUACGUUUACAAAGGAGACAUUCACAGCCUUCUAUCUAUUGCACUUUCUAUAGCACAAGACAAUACCACAUCCACCUACAACUUGGUUCAAUCACUUCUUCAACAACCCAUCACAGAUCCCAAGGUGAAAACCCAACUCACCAAUUGUUUGACCAAUUACAAGGAUGCAGGUGAUAAACUUGAAAGUUGCAAUGGUUUGCUUAGGACUGCUGAUUAUAGAAAGAUAAGUUUGUUGGCUUCUGGUGCUUUGAAUGAUUCCCGUACUUGCGACCAAGGUUUUGGGCAAUCACCAGCCCAGCUUAAACAACUCAGCCAGACGGUCCAAGAAUUCUCCAAUCUUGUUUUUGUUAUUGCCUAUGAUCUCAAAUAGUCUAGUCAUUUUGCAUGAUGUUUUUUGUCUCAUUUUGACUGUUACAUUACAUGGAUGAAUUCAUCUUCUGAAUUAAUAUAUAUAUAAAAUAAUUU